AUGGGACAGCUCAGAGUGAGAAUAGUUUCGGGAAAUAUUGCUUCUCGACCAAACAAGAUUUUUUUAUCGGAAAUUUUGAUCUUGAAUAGAUUAUACAGAAAAGUUGAUGUGCUCCAAUCUCAGUGCGGUAAUAUGAAAAUGAGUAUAACUGCUGAUACUACUUGUGUAUCAAUUAAUGAACCUACUGUGAUUUACUCUAAUCGAUCAUCCACUACUCUUUGUACACUGCAAUUGUGGAAUUUAGGAAUCUUCCCAAUUACAGCAUUAUCAUUGGAAAAGACACUAAUACAGCGUAAUUAUUACUGGUAUACGAAGGACAAAGCUCAGCGAUUACAGAAUCAAUCAGUACCAUUUGGCUUUGAUCAUUUACCACCUCAAAGCGUGUUAUGCUUGAUUCUUCAAAAGACAUUGAACUGUGAUAAAGUAAUAAAAGCGCUAAAACGAUACAAGGAGUAUGUUCAUACAGAUCGAUUCAUAUGA